CCUGCGCAUGCGCGGCUUCAUUUCUGUGGACGCCUUGAACGCUCCAUGUGGCCGGGACGUGUGUGAAAGCAUCGGCAUGGAAAUGUUGAAGAUCGAGCAGGUUAUCGUUGGAGGCGAGAAGAAGUCCACCCAGGCGGAGAUGAAGCCGGGGCCCGUGGUCACUCCUCUGCAGUCCUAUCAGCAUGAGAGCCUGCAGUGCUUCCAGUGCUUCAUCACCUUCUCAGACGUCAAAACCAAGGAGAGACACAUGAGGAAGAGCCACCGGGACAUGUACAAGAUGCAGCUGCAGCAGUCCAAUACGCUCUUUACUUGUUACAAGUGUGACAAGUCCUUCUCCUCCUCUGAGGAGCUCAGCCUCCACCAGACCUCCCACGACACAGGAGAGAAGCCCUUCCUCUGCACUUACUGUCAGAAAACCUUCUACACUUUCACUGAGCUGAACAAACACAAACGACGGGAAUGCAUAGAACGACGGUGUCCGUGCAGCGACUGUGGCGCCCUGUUCCCUAGUCCUUCUCGACUUCGCAACCAUCGCGUUUCUGUGCACCCCCAGAGCCCAGCGACGGCCGAUGACGUCAACACCUACCAGUGCUGUAAAUGUGGUCAUGGUUUCCAGACAGAAGAAAAGCUCUUGCAGCACCAGGAGAAAUUUGCUAAUGAUCUAAACUGUGACACUAAGGUGCAAGGUAAAAAGCGUGGCCGUAAACCCAGGGACACAAGUCAUGGAGCCGACGGCAAGAAGAUCAAACAAGAUCAGGAAGCAGAUGACUCUCCGACAGAGGGGUGCUACUCCAACGAGCUGCAACCGGAGCUCGAGAUCCCUUGUCCCGAAGCAAAUUGUGACCUCAUAUUUCCUUCUGUUGCAGCCCUGAGGGCACACAAGAAGGAGGGCCAUGGGCCUCCUCUUCGCAAGACUCACGAAGGAACAGAGUGUGACGAGAGUUCCACUCAACCACACAUGACUAGGGCUCAGCGCUCUGGACACACCCACACUGAGGGCGAGAACGCAACAGAAAAGAGAUAAUAAACAUGGAGAAAAGACUGCAACCCGAUCCUACAACACUCAGUUAAAUGAUUGUCAGAAUAUUUCUUACAGUAUUCUUAACAGUAGGAAGAGGAAUUUUAUGUGGAUGUUUCACGUGGGAGAUUUUAAAAAUCAAGGUUGUACAACACGGAGGUUGUUUCAGGAAACACAUUUUUCACUUGCUUUUAGGAAGACGUACCACACUUGUGAUUAAAACUAUGUACAUGUUAUGUCUGCUCUGAAAUAUCACAAGGCCUUGCUUUCGAAUCGCUUGCUCAUUCUCCCUCAAAUAUGGAAAUAUUUUAAUUGUGAAACUGGUAAGUGACAACUACAGGAAAGAUGUAAAGAAAAUCACAAACUGAUAAAUGGGCACGUGUAUAGGGAUUCUGCAUUAUGAGACCUAAAUUAUGUAUGUGAGCCUUUUUUCUUCCCAGAAGUAAAUAAUUGUUGCAUUAAACAGUGUGACAUUUCU